ACAUCAAAUAGCCAAUUAAAAACAGAGUACACUAAUUAACAUAAUGAAGCCCAAUGAGGUAAAUCAAAGCUUUGCGAGGAGCCCAAGGUCUCCCAUGUGUACAACACCCAAAUCAAAUUUCUCUUGAGAAAUUCUUAAGCAAAUUUUUAUUUUAAAAAUCACUUAAGAAAAAACGCACACUUUGCCAACUAAAACAGUAAAACCUCCCCAACAACACGCAUAAAUUGACAGAAAACUACGGCACCAGAAGGUUCUGAUUCUGAAUUCUGAGCUUUCUAGUUUUCCUAUCAUCCAAUCUCUUUAGUUAGCUCCUGCUCCUUUUCUGCCAGAAGCUUCAAGGAAAAACAAAGAAAUGAGACUUGGAUUUGCUUCUUGGAGAUUCAUCCUAUGCACCCUAGUUGUCUUUUUGAUUCUACAAGACAGUGUAGCUAGAAAGAUAGCUACAACAUCUGGGAAUGAAGUUCAACUGAAGGAAGUAUCCUAUGAUUUGCAAAAGCUUGCAACAGAGGGUCUUGUACUUGACAGUAUUAUUCAGCUUGAAGGCGCUGAUAUAAAAAGGAAGAAUAAGCAUGUCCAUAAAGACGAGGCUAGAGUGAAGAAAGGAAUAGGAUUUGACAUAGAAGAAGAGGAGGAUAAAAAUGAUCACAAAAAGAUAGUUGGAAAGGAUGUGCAUGGUUAUAAGCCAUCUCAUGAGGAUCACAAACACAUGGACCUUGAACUGAAUGUGUUUUUCACCCCAAAUGAUUUGAAGGUUGGGAAAAUAAUGCCCAUCUAUUUUUCCAAGAAAAACUCCUCAACAUCUCCAAAAUUUCUGACCAGAGAAGAAGCUGAUCAGAUUCCUUUCUCAUCAAAACACCUACCAUCGCUUCUCAAAUUCUUCUCCAUCCCAAAACACUCUCCCCAAGCCAAGGCAAUGAAAUAUACCCUCAAACAAUGUGAAUUUGAAUCCAUGGAAGGAGAGACCAAGUUCUGUGCCACUUCCCUGGAGUCCUUGUUUGAUUUUGCACACUAUCUGUUCGGGUCCAAUGCACAAUUCAAAGUUUUGACCACUGUUCAUCUCACAAAUUCAACAACCCUGCUACAGAACUACACAAUCUCAGAAGUGAAAGUGAUUUCAGUUCCAAAUGUUAUAGGGUGUCACCCCAUGCCUUACCCUUAUGCAGUUUUUUACUGCCACAGCCAGCAUAGUGACACCAAUCUCUAUGAGGUGAUGGUAGAAGGUGAGAAUGGAGGGAGAGUUCAAGCUGCAGCUAUUUGCCACAUGGACACCUCUAAGUGGGACCGAGACCACGUGUCCUUUCGUGUGCUCAAAGUUGAGCCGGGAACCUCACCUGUGUGUCAUUUCUUCCCUCCUGAUAAUCUAGUCUGGGUGCCUUUGCCUCUGGCUCCAUAACUAUAGUCUAUAGUUUCAUGUUCUUCUUCAUCAAAGUUUGUUAUAUAUAUAUAUAUGUGCCAGGUAUAACAUAAGUUCUAGACCUGGUGUACUAGCUAGGAAAGCGCGCCUUGAUGAAAAACUAUGUAUGUAUCUACGUUAAUAAAGAUGUUAUUCUCUGGUGUGCCUUAGAAUAGAACGUUUAUGUAAUCUAAUCGUUAUCUUCUGCAUA